UGUACAAGGGAGUUAGUUUGCGCCCACUCGUGGCCAGUUGUUUUAUGCAGUAGAUGUGAAUUUAUCAGAAUAACUAGCAGCAGCAGUGUUAGUGAUACGUGAGGUGACAAAAGAAUAGUUACAGAUGGCGAUGAAGAAAUGCUUUCACGUAUUCUUGUUUGCUGUUGGCUCUGUGAUACUCCUGAGGGUGCAAUACACAGCUCGCUUGGAUUUCCCAGACACUGUGAUUACCCGUUCUCCAAUAUCUAAUAGCACAGGUGAAAAUGAUUCACCCAAAAGGACAAGAAAAUCGCAGUUUGUCUAUCUCGUCCAAGGUGCAUCAAGACGCCCUAUUCCCGGUCUCAAGGCCACGCCGAAUAGAGAAAUAAUAUGGCUGACUUACAGAGACAAAACAGGCGACAUUUACUUUCCGAAUAGCACUCAUGCCACAGGUCGUAACCGGCUGCUUUGGGAAGCAAUUGAACGUGCAGCUAAAAGGAAUGACGGCGGCUACUUGUACUACCUAUUUCUGGACGAUGAUCUGUUGCUAACUAAUGAGGAGAAUAAAAAACGCUGGUGGCGAAGAAAAUUACCAAGAAACCCUUAUGAUCGAUUUGAAAUGUUUUUACUCGAUUUCCAACCGGCAGUUGGGUUCCCAAGAUAUAGUUUUAACAUUCACGAUGCUCCAGCCCCAGUUGGGGUGAAAUACAACUUCGAUGCUAUUUUCAACGGGUUUCACCGCCACACUAUUUCCUUCUUGUUGCCAUACAUAAGCGAUUUAGAUCACACCUCAUGGUUCUUUGCGCAGUGGUUUGUCAUUCACAUAUCUGCGGUGUUUUAUAAUUCAAAUCGUGUCCUUUGCAACGCGGUGUACGCAAAUAAUGCAAGGCAUCACUCGAUCAAUAUGUUAAAGGGAGCCUACACCGAUUCUGAAGACUUCCGUAUAUCGCGUGACUAUUUUCGUACGUGGAUUAACAAGAACAACACAGUUGAAACCGCUAAAGGGGGGAAAAUUAACUUGCUUCAGACUUUUAAGGGACAGGCCAUGUAUACUGACAUUCCAGGGAAAGCCAGGAGAAAACAAAGUAUGGAAUACAGAGUUUCCACAAAGUUUAUAACCACUGCUUUCAAUACGUCCCAUCCAGGUAUUCAAAAAAUUCUGCACUGGAGAAGUUUACCAAAAGUAAAGAACAUCCUGUAUGGGAGUGAGAAGGAUGAACCCGAUUUCUUUCCUGAUGUUUUUCCCUUGCACUAACUCCCUUCUUAUACGGUCUACCCCUUCUAUAAGGAAAACAGUAAGACAUUACUUUCAGUGCUGAACCCAGGAUUUUUGCAAGGGGUGGACAACCAAAAGAAAAAAGAAAAUUAUCUUGCCUCGUUGGACAAACAUAAAUUAUGCAGGAAAAUAAAGGGUAAUUUAGACACUUUCAUAAAUUAACUGGCGAAUUUCACGUGUAGUUGUGCAGAAUUAAAAGUUUGAAACCCGGAAACGGGUUAAUGUUGUUCUCCCAACAUACAUUUAAUAAAUGCUCCAUAAAAAGAGAUAAGGAUCACAUUAUGCUCAUUCACAUGAAGUAGGACUAUAAUAAACUGAUGGGUCACAUUGCACUCCAAAGCGUACUUAAAUAAUUGCAGCCCUCUGGGGGUCUUCAUAUGUCUCUGGCAGGCAUGGAGACAUUUAUAAUACAGACAGUACAUAUUCCUAUCACUUGAGUAUGUAGUUCUUUACAUUUCUGGUAUGUUUUUUAACUAAUUUCAGUCCUAUAAGAUAUUGCAUUUUUCAUGUAUUGCACCCUUUUAGACUUAGUAUGCUUUUAAAGUCUGGGGAUUCUACAUGUACUCUCAUAGUGAAAACACUCAAAAUAAACCAAUUCCUUAC